AUGACAGCGUCUGAGAGUGUGAGCUUGUGGGACCAUGGUAAUGGGUCCUUCACGGUGACCCUGUCCCAUCUGAAGACCUCAGACUCCGGGACAUAUUGGUGCGGCGCGUCUCGUCCACUAAAGGACACAUUCGUCACAGUGCAUCUGAACAUUAUUAAAGGUUUUCCAUUUGCAACUACCGAACAUGCUGAGGGUUCUACAAUAACUGAAGUUACAAGCCUUCAUGCAUACAGGACCAUCACCAACCCAACAGAAGAGCCACUUCAGACAGACAGCACCACUAACAGCUCGAAAGGAAAUAAAGUUGCAGGUUUGGAUGUAUACUUGCCAGUGGGUGUGGCCAUGAUCACCGUCAUCGUGGUUUUGGUCUUGUGCCUCAGGAAACGGGAAAAGAAGACACGACCUCAUGAGCAGCCUCUGAACCUUAUCUCCCAUCUGCACCAGGUGGGGAGCGAGGAGCCGACAGAAAGUGAACCCACAGACCGACACAUCUAUGAAAACAUCCACCUGCACUCCAAAGUCUCACGCAACAACCACUUUCCCACCUACGUCCAACCACUGCCCGCUCUGCCCAAACGUGUGGAGCGGAUUUAUUCAUGA